AUGUCACCAGGAGACAUGUUCACCGCAGACACAGCAGCUCCACGUUUAUCCCGAGCCAAUUCUUGGAAUAGAUUUAAAAAGAAAGGCUCUGAUACCACCGAGCUUACUUCUAGACUUGGAGCAGUAACACCGACAAGGCCUGAGCUUGUCUCAGAGCUGGUUAUGGGCUCCCCUUCAACUAGCCCAGGUGACCAUAUCCAAGAAGGCCUUGGCAGUUUGAAUCGCUGGUCUCAGUCAACGUCAUCCAGCAAGGGCUCGCCCAUACAUGAUAGCUACCAUCGGACGAUCCCUUCUAAAGCAUCCACCUACGAUGAUUACACCUCUCCCAAAGGCCACGCAAGUCCGGAGAGGAACACUAUCCCACGCCUCCCUCCUCGGGUUGCCGCACCGACGAACGAUGAAAGUCCAUUACAAGGGCCUCGGUCUCCGCACUCGAUUAGCAUGGGCCACUACAUGCAAGUCCUCGAACUUGCAGAUCACAGUGAUAUACCGACCUUCUCGACAGAUGCUAUAGAUUCUGCUCCAUCGCAUCAGGACCACGGCUCCACAUCGAUUGCUGCUAGCCUUUUCCAAAAUCCAUGGUCGAGAUCAGGUACUGAUGCGCAAGCAGCCAACCGGAGUUCCCAAAUCUUUACUGGCAGAGAACAUAUUCAUGGGAAGCGGCGACGAGGCCAUUCCCAAAAGGCAAUGCUGUCUAAAGCUUUACAGAAAGCUAACACUGCAGUGCUUCUUGACAACGCGGCAAAUUUCGAAGGCGCAAUGGAAGCCUACAAUGAUGCCUGUCAGCUACUGCAACAUGUUAUGCUUAGAAGCAGCGGAGGUGAGGACGAAAAGUCAAAACUGCAGGAAAUUCGUGACACAUACAUGAUUCGUGUAACGGAAUUGCAGCGGAUGGAUUUCUCAUUUACAGAACCCAACAGCAAAGCUCUUCCAGAACGACCCCUCAGCCAGGAGUCUUACAGUGAAAUGUUUCAGUCCAUCGAAGAGGAUGAGAAUGAGGAAUCGCUUAACGAAAGCGGAAAUUUUUUGCAGCGCAGCUCUGACAAUCACCGGCCAGUGCGAGACGAAGCAAGGGUAUUAGCCUCUAAUAGAGUCCCAGAGAGGUGCCAGUCGUUAUUGCCUUCUGCAAUAGAUGGUGAUCUACACUACCUGACCCUAUCACCGCCCGCCACUAAGCAGAAUGUUCUUUCUCAGACCGAAUCCUUUAGACCAACUCGGGAUGAACAUCUAGAAACAGCGAUGCACUCUGGGUCUGGGCAGGCCUCUAGGACAACGAGCCUAGAUGAUGAUUCGGCGCAUCACCUUCGAUAUAAUGACUGGGCUUUACUGAGUACCCAUGCGAAAGAUGCGAACGAGUCGACAUCCUGGCUUGAUACAAUCGAUGAGUCUGGAGCGUCUUCACCGGCUUCCACGCGCUCUAAAGUUUCAUCUGUGUAUCUACGACAUGGGGGGAGCCGCCACUUCAGUCACAGCACAGAGGCUGAAUUUGAUGCUGCCCUUGAUGCCGCUGUUGAGGCUGCUUAUGAUGAGGGGUUUGAGCCAGCAACUGAGCUAAACGAACAGUAUAAUGAUGGCAUUGAUAAUGAUGACAUUGUGGCAAAUGCCCGUCGAAAUAUCGAGCUGGCGAAACAGAAAGUAAGGGAAGCUGAGCGUGAAGUGCAAGUGGCAAUGGCCCGUGGCCGAGAGGUGCGACAUUUGCAACAGCCGUCUAUAAUUGACCACUCUUAUGGGGUUGACCUGGAUUAUCUGGACGAGGAAGCUGAGGAAGAGGAGCGUUUAUUGGACGAGAUGACCAGGGGUUAUAUCAUGGACGAUUUCAACUUUGAUCUCCAGUCAAAGUCAGCUCUUCCUCGACAAUCCGAUUCUAGCAGCUUUUCCGGCAGGACUUGGGAAAGUUCGGCUGUAUCCAACACAACAACCCCCGGAGCAACGUUACCCCCACUUGUAGAAGACUCUGCUCUGCCUGUAGUAGGCGCAAUGGCAAAACAGGCGACAGAGCCUCUUUCAGCCCAGGCAAAAGCUCCUGCUGUUUUGCCCAAACCAAACCCUGUCCCGACGCCAGGUCCGAGCGUACGUGCUCGGAGAAUGUCCGGUCAGAAAACUACAGAAUUAAAGAUCGAAACGAAACCUCGCCUGGGAGCAGACUCGGAUAUAUCUAGUCAAGGUCAAUCAGGGCCUGCAGCCCUUCGGCCACCCCCACCCCUCCCUAAAGACGAACCUUCAACAAGUUUUCCUAUGCAGACAAGCAAAACCCUAGGUCCUACUCCCGUCUUACACUCGGGAGUAAGUUUGAACAAACGGAACGCAUCUAUUGGGUCGUUCACUGAAGAUACUUGGACGAAUACCAGUCUCGACAAGCCGACGACACAGGAAGAAGACAACAAUCUUGGGGUCUCAAGAAUGCCGUCACCAGCCCGGCCGAUAGGGAAAAUGCCGUCAGCACCGGAUAACUUAGGGAAAUUGAACUCAGGUUCGAAAUCAUUUCGAGCAAGAAAUGUGUCAGUGUCAGGGCCCGAUACCCUAAUCGACUCACCAGAUACUCCCGGCAGUGCGUUUCCCCUUCUUGAUAUUCAGAAAGGGGCGGGGAUUGCCGCAGGGCCAAUUUUGCCCACCCCAACUGGCGCAGCCUUUGCUCCUAAUGGUCUUCCAAGUGGGGGACUGUAUCUGUUCGACAGCCAUAUCCACUCACCAACCAAUCUCGGAUCACCAAAUGCGACUGCAACUAAUGCGCCUGCUCCCUUAGAACAUUGCCCUGAGUCAUUUCUCUUGCGUCCAUUUUGGCUUAUGCGAUGCAUAUAUCAAACUAUAGCCCACCCUAGUGGUGGCUACUUGACAACCAAACUCUUUGUCCCGCGUGAUGUCUGGCGUGUGAAAAAUGUCAAAAUCAAGGCAGUGGAGGAAAAAGUCUCAAAUUGUGACUUGUUGACGGCGGCGUUGCUGAAACUGGCUAAGGUUGAUACUUACGAUGCCGACGCCGUCUUGGAAGAAAUGCAGUCCCUUGAGACCGUCCUUGACCAGGUUCAGUCUUCGCUAUCGAAAAAGCUGAGCGGCGAAGUUGGUGUCCAGGGGGCUAUGGCAUUAUUCAAAGCCUCUCAGAGUUCAGACGAUACGGCGACCGUUGAUACUUUGCCUUCGAAAACUUCUAGCAGUGCUAGCAAAUCAUAUUUAACCUCUUGGCGCAAACUACGUUCCAAAAAUUCUGGAUUUGGCGGGACAACGUCACAGUCUAGUGUAAAAGAGACCAGCAGGGAUAAUCUGAUCAUCAAUUCUCUCCCGAUGUCUUCGAUACCCAAUUCACAACCCGUUAAGCGCAAUACAACGCAGCUGCAAUUCAAUGGACCGAAUGCGAACUAUAUGAGCGCGUUGGCCCGUCUUUGUGAUGCGGCUCAGGUGUUAGAUCAAAUCGCUCAACAGGUCGAAGACCCGGGACUAAAGCACUCUUCUCCAACUCUAGUUGGCUUGGAGUUGAGUACUCGUCAUGCUGCAGAAUUUUUUGGCUUCUAUAUCUGCCGGUUUGCCCUGAAUGAUAUUGCAAUGAUGAUUGAUAAGUUCAUCAAGAGGGGCAGCGAAUGGGUACUUAUCUAA